CUAUGGCCCACAUCAUUGACGUGGUGCCUUGUGACGACGGUUCUGCAGCCAUCCUACUCCCACUGGAGCGGCAGCGCAACCAGCUGGCCGGCGUGAAGCAUCAGCUCUACCACCCAGCCCUGCCCACCCUGCGCCGCAUGGACAUGGACUCAGUCAAGGCCUGCCUCCCCGACACACACUGCCAGUCCUCCACCUAUUGCAGCAAAGAUGAGUUUGACAAUGUCCGGUUCUCACUCCUGGGGGUCCCCAACAAGCCUCUGCAGUGCUUGGGCAUCACACAAAGCGGCCAGAAGCUCCACGAUAAGUACCGAGAGGGAAAGCUGCAGCCCAUCGCUCCAGGCAUCAACUGCGUGAGGUGGCCCUCCUACAAGCACGCCAUUGAGGACUGGUCCCGCUUCCUGAGCUCAGGCGAGAAGUUCAAGAGGCCCUGCCCAAGCAAGAAGGUGGAGCAUUUCUGCGGCUACGGGGUGCGACGCUUAAAGCCCGAAGUGACCCAGAACUGGCGGGUAGGGAAGGAUAUCCUCCCGGGGGCCUGGGUUCUCUGGUCCCCAGGGCCAAGAUCUCCAGUAGGGACCUCUCCCUGUGGCCCGGUUCAGUACUGUCUCAAUCAGAGCCCCAAUGUAGACCGCUUCGGACAGAAGCCCUUGCCCUACAACGCGCUGAAUGCUUUCAGAACCUUUGGAUCCCAUUACAGUCGUGCCAACUACCUGACUCCCUGGCAUUAAUCUGUGGAAAGGAGAAUGACUCCCAAAAAUUCAAUUCAGC